AGGAGGGCGGUUGCUGGGGAGCUGCGGCGGCCUCACCUCUUGGGGUUCCCAUGGUGAUGACAGGAUGGCUAGCGGCAGCGGCCUGAUUUGCCCCAGCGCUGGGGCCAGUGGCUUUGAGGAUGAAGCUUUGAAACUUCGUCAGCUGAAACUGGAGAACCAGAGAGCUCUUCUGGAAAAGAAACAGAGGAAGAAGCGUCUUGAACCCUUGAUGGUGCAGCCAAAUCCAGAAGCAAAGUUGCAUAAGGUGAAGCUCAAAGGGUCUGAGGAGCAGAGCCCUUUAGUGGGACCCCAUGUGCCUGUUUGCAGUGAUGUUCACCUGCAUGGCUUUGAUGGUCCAGCUAUCUUCCUGAAACCAGGGAUUCAGGAGUUGGGGCCUAAACUCCAGAUAAUUUCACUUGGAUCAUCCUCAACAGAAGAUGACAGUGAGCCAAAAAAGACUGAGGAAAGUACAAUAGAUAAAGCUUCCAAUGUGAAUCUGCAAGACAUUCUGCAGAAACGAGGUAUUUCUGGCAGUAUGAAUUUUGAUGAGGAAGACACUGAGGAAGAAGAAACCAAGGAACAGUCAGGAUCUCCUUCACCCUGUUUAGAAUCUCAGAGGCCUGCUUCUGCAAACAGCCAGAAGUCUGCUACGGAAAUGGGUGCUUCCUGCGUGGCACUUUCUCAGACAGAUGCAGAGCUGGGAGAAGUGGGAAACCUGGAGGAGUUUGUACUACGCCCAGCUCCUCGUGGCAUUACCGUGAAAUGUCGAAUUACUAGAGAUAAGAAGGGAAUGGAUCGAGGCCUCUUUCCUACUUACUACAUGCACCUAGAGCGGGAUGACAACAGAAAGAUAUUCCUUCUUGCGGGGAGAAAAAGGAAAAAGAGCAAAACAUCAAAUUACCUCAUUUCAAUUGAUCCAACAGAUCUGUCCAGGGAAGGAGAAAGCUUUAUUGGAAAACUCAGAUCCAAUCUUAUGGGGACUAAAUUUACUGUUUACGAUCAUGGGGUUAGUCCAGUCAAAGCACAGGGACUGGUGGAAAAAGCUCACACCCGGCAUGAGCUGGCUGCAAUCUGUUACGAAACCAACGUGCUCGGAUUCAAGGGACCCAGAAAAAUGUCAGUCAUUAUUCCAGGAAUGAAUCUCAAUCAUCAACGGAUUCCAAUCAGGCCACGAAAUGAGCAUGAGAGUUUGCUGUCAAAAUGGCAAAAUAAAAACAUGGAGAACCUAAUUGAAUUGCACAACAAAGCUCCAGUAUGGAAUGAUGACACCCAGUCAUAUGUCUUGAACUUCCAUGGGAGAGUCACCCAGGCCUCCGUGAAAAACUUCCAGAUUGUCCAUGAAAAUGACCUUGACUACAUUGUAAUGCAAUUUGGCCGUGUGGCAGAAGAUGUGUUCACCUUGGACUUUAACUACCCCCUGUGCGCCCUUCAGGCAUUUGCCGUUGGACUGUCCAGUUUUGAUAGCAAACUGGCAUGUGAAUGACAGACGUAGUGCAACAAGACCGCUUCUUGUUUUUCUUCCUGUGCUAACAUCUGAGAAGAAAAUUGUACUUGAUAAUCUUGGGGUGUGUGGGGCAGAAACUAACAGCUAAAAUGUCCCCUGUGCUUACCUAGAAGGAAAAUGGAGCCCUGAUGGCUGACUACAUAGAAUGCUGUCUUUCUAAGAUGUGUUCAUUCUUGGAGAAGGAAAACGUAAUCCUGAGAGGGAGGCUUUUUAGAAAAGAGCCCUGCUCCCCCCCCCCCCCGAGCAGCUGAGCAUCACUGUGUCUAGGAAUUCCUGUUGUUAGAAUCACAUUAAUGAAACUUUGCUGCCUGUUUUCCUCAUGAAAUUACUCGUGUCCUUGAUGCUAAUGCCACUGAUACACCUGUGCUCCUGUAACAAGAGAUGUCUUGGAUGUCUUGCUAUUUGACAGUCCUGUUUUCCAGUAAAGUUGGUUGGUUUCCAUGUGUUGCUCUGCCGCUUUGCAUCUGCUGAAGAGUACUUGUUGUAGAGGUAUGUUCUCCAAUAAGGUGAAGUUUAUUGAUCAGCUUGAAUAAGGCAAAAUUCACCUUGUCAGUGUCUUUCCACAAGGUAAUUUUUCAUGAAAAGUGAAGAGAUGACUUGACAUCCUUGACAUGUCAUGCUAAUACCAGUAAUUGACUGAUUGACAUGCCAUGCUCGUUUCAAGAGCCAUAUAAGGAUUUGUAAUUUUCUUGUUUCAUUCAGUGAUAAGCCUUCUUUCUUUUUUUGUUUCAUUACUAAUUGAUCUGUUUGUUUUUGAGAAAUUAUUUAAAAAACACAGCACUCCUGUUGGUAGGCAAGGAAAGCAUUUUUUGUGUUAAAGGCAAUCUUCCUUGUUUCAUAUGUAACUGUACAUUCUAAAUGUUCAGUUGGGUAAGAUGUUUUUUGCUUCUUGGACAUAUUUGCUUGAAUAUGAUCAUUAAAAACUGAUUAAGUGCAUGUAUAGUCUAAGGCAGAAGGAAAGCUGCUAUCUCUGCUAGAUUUAAGCCAAAUCUUUAUAUUCCAUGGUUGCCUACAGAUUAUUGGAACAGGUAAGGCAUUAGUGCUUCUUGACCCAAGGGACCUUGAUUGCAUCUUGGCUCUCAGGGGAUCCUUGGGCUGAGCACCUUCUUAACUACAGUUCAUAGAAUCAUAGAAUUGUAGAGUUGGAAGGGGCCCUGAGGGUCAUCUAGUCAAACCCUCUGCAAUGCAGUUCAUUGUGUAUCUUGUAGAAUUUCUUCUGUAAAUUGCCUUCAGGUGUUAUGCCCUGUAUUUCCAAAGAACACUGACAGCUGAAUAACCCCUGCUGUCUGAAGCUGCUCCUUCCCUUUCUGGUCACCAAUUCUGGACUUUCAUAGAAUCGUAGAGUUGGAAGGGACCCCGAGUGUCAUCUAGUCCAACCCCCUGCAAUGCAGGAAUCUCAGCUAAAGCAUCCAUGACAGAUGGCCAUCCAACCUCUGCUUGAAAACCUCCAAGGAAGGAGAGUCCACAACCUCCCGAGGGAGACCUUUUCAUUAAAAUGCAGUUGUGUCUGGUUUGUGUGCCAUUAAAAUCCCUGUAUUAGUAAAUACCGUGUUGUCUUCUUUCAAAGCAAAGCAGGUUUGCUGAAAUGUUUUCUUAUAGGUGGAAUAAAAACCAUCAUUAUCCAUUGUAAAUUCUGCACUUUGCUGUAAGUGAACGAUUACUCAUCACUUUUAGAAAAAGCUGGUGAGUUGCAAUUGCCUUCAAGGAAAUGUUGCCACUAAUAGCAUUGUGCACUUGUGCAGAACUCAAGGAAGGGAUGAGAGAGCCGUUUCCCAAGAGAUCCAGGGCCAUGCUCCUCUUUUCCAUCUUUAUGCAUCUUGUUUGUCCUUGGAAGCACAAGACCCUGCAGGAUGGCACUGGCUGCAUUCUGUGCUGGUGAGUCUAGAUUGUUGCGUCUCCUCAGAUGUUUGACUAAAAGACAGGUCCCUUGGUUGUUUCCCCAACUGUGUCAGCUGUUAAAGAACAUCACUUUUUUAAAGGUUUUCACCUUUGUCCAUACCACAGCUCAAUAAUGUUUUUCUGGUGCCAGAAAUAUUUUUUGUCUAGAUGCACAUGAUCUUGCUACUUGCCUUUAGCCAUUUGAAUCUUUGGAAUACAAACACUGCAGACUUAAACUGGCUUUAACAGUCACUUCGUCUCCUCAUGAAUUAGUUCUGUGGGUGAAAUAGGAAGAAUUAUUAUACAAUCACUAAAUAACAAAAUUCUUCCUAUAAUGCAUGACAAUUAACUAGUAUAAAAGUGACACAGGUAUGUAGUUUCUGCUGUUUAAUUUGGAGCACUUUAAAGUAAGAGACUGUCCCUACCACCACAUAAAAUGGGGCUGGCUUCAUGUGGCCAAACUUGGCUCCUGUUUCUAGCAGUCAGACUUCUCUGACUUAACCUUGUUGUGAUUUCAUGCUGUAGUUUGCCUAUGGAAUUAGGCUACAAUCCUAAUAAACAAAAAUUCUCUGUACUUUCUUGCUUGGAAAUCUUGUAUGCUGGAAUUGGCUGAUUCGGAUUUUAACCCACUUGUGGAUUUUAUUACAUUUCUGUUUGAACAAGCAAAAGAAUGCAAAGGGUAGGAAUUUACACCUUGGUUGCUGUUGCAAAUGUGGUGUUAUACUGCACUUUCAUUCCUCCUCUGCCUGCCUACGUAUACUGUAAAUGCUUCUCUGCAAAAUCAGUGCAGAUUAUCAAGAAAUAAGGGAUCUCUUAUUGCUUUGGAACUGUAUUUGUUUUGUAGAAGCCUCCACUAUGCCUAAUCCAAAACUGUAUGGUAUUGAUUAUAUUUAUAUUUUUUGUAUUCCAAUAAAAUAAUUUAUAUAUUUAAAAAUGUGA